CAUAAAACAACUAAAGUAAAGCAAAGGCGCCAUCUUGUGGUGUAAUAAGAGAUACCGGAUCCCGGAAGUAAAUGAUGAUGUGUUGUUCGCUAGUGCACACUUGCUUCCAGCUCCCACUACCACAUAGAUGUUUAAUGUCACUGGCAUAUAUGUCGCGUUAUUAAUAUGGGACCGCUGUCAAAAAAUACGGCGCUGAGAAACAGGAAGAAAAGUGUUGAAAACACCGUCAGACCUCAUCUUUGACAUCAAGCCGGUGCAAUUUAUGACACCAUGUUGGUGACAGCGUAUCUCGCCAUCAUUUUCCUCCUUUGCCUGUGUGUUGGCCUGGAGCUCACUGCACGCCGCCUCACGCCACCUCAGUCCACCCCUACAGCCGUAGCCAACCCAGCUUUCCGUCGCUUCCAGAGUAUUUUUCUCCGGGCAUACCUUCUGGCCUUGUGGGCAGACUGGCUCCAGGGUCCUUACCUCUACAAACUUUACCGCCAUUACAGCUUCCUGGAAUCCCAAAUAGCCAUCUUAUAUGUGUGUGGCCUGGCCUCCUGUGUUCUGUUUGCUCCCGUUUCAGGUUGGCUUCCUCAGGUCUUGGGCCGCAGACAGACGUGUCUUCUCUUCUGCCUGUCCUACUCUGCGUGUUGUCUCACCAAACUUUCCAGAGACUACUUUGUUUUAAUUGUGGGCCGUAUCCUGGGGGGUCUAUCCACGUCCCUGCUCGCCACGGCAUUUGAAUCGUGGUACGUGCACCGUCACGUGGAUGUCCAUGAUUUUCCCAAGGAGUGGAUCCCCAGCACCUUCACCAAAGCUGCUACCUGGAACCACGGCCUUGCCGUGGGAGCAGGGUUGGUGGCUAACCUGCUAGCUGAAUGGCUCCAUCUGGGGCCUGUAGCUCCCUUUCUCCUGGCUGUCCCCUGCCUGGGCUGCUGUGGCUGGGUAGUGCUGACAGACUGGGGCAAGGAAGAAGCUGAAGGGGGCCCUGAAGGGGACAAACAAACUCUGCUCCUUGGCACACCAAAUGGAGGAGUGGCCCCUCUGUCCGCUAAAGCACGGUUCUCGCGCAGCUGUCAUGAGGGGCUGCGCUGCCUACUGUCCGACAGGCGAGUUAUGGUCUUGGGUGCAGUGCAGGCUCUCUUUGAAAGUGUCCUCUACAUUUUUGUUUUCCUGUGGACUCCGGUACUAGACCCACAUGGACCUCCUUUAGGAAUAGUCUUCUCCUGCCUGAUGGCCGCCAGUAUGGUUGGCUCCUUGCUAUACCGCCUAGCCACCUCCACUCGCUACCGUCUGCAGCCUGGCCAUGUGCUCUGCCUGGCUGUGCUGAUGGCCUUCUUCUCUUUUUUCAUGCUGACCUUUUCCACUGCCCCAGGACAGCCUAGGCCUCGUGAAUCCUUCCUCGCCUUCCUGCUACUGGAGCUAGCCUGUGGCCUCUACUUCCCUGCAGUCAGCUUUCUGCAGGGCAGAGUGAUCCCAGAAGAAAAGCGUGCUGGCGUGCUGGCCUGGUUCCGCUUGCCUCUGCACCUGCUGGCCUGCCUUGGGUUGCUGGCGCUCCACGGAGAGGUGUCGGGAACAGGCGGAGGGGAGAGUGGCGGCGGCACCGAGCACAUGUUUGGUGGCUGUGCGGUCAUGAUGCUGGCAGCACUGAUGGCUGUUGUCAGUCUUUUCACCCUGGGAAGAAACGACACAGACCUGAGACUGGAAGGAAGCAGAGGGGAAGGGGAAAUGUUCUGAGGACAUGAGCCACAUGACUGUAGUAGUCCACAUUUUGCCAAAUGCAGCAGUGAAGAAAAUCAAAAGGGGUGUUUUGGUAGCUAAAAUUAAAUUUUACUCAUAUUUUUAAGUGUCUGCCUUGUUACUUCUUUGUCGUUCAUUGUUGAGAGACAUAUGUCGAUCCUUUUUGUUUAAGAACUCAGCCAUAUCUUUUGUCUUGUAAAUCUACGGAAACUUGGCCAAGUGACAUAAUUCCUCUGUUGUUCCAUUAAUGAUUCCAGAUUAACUGGGUUUGCCUUGAUGAAUCUACCUGUGGCGAUGUUGCCUGGCAUGUUUGACAGAUUUUGAUUGAUUUCAGUGUUUUUACAAGAAUCACUCAUGUUUACCCUUCACCAAUUUUUGAAACAGACCUCAAAAGAUUUGAAUUUAAAAAGAGUGGGAUGAACAGCCUAAGAAUGAAGGUCACAGCUAACUAGUAAACAGUUGUCUGAAUUUCAGUUAUUGCAAGACUUUUUUCAUAGUACUUUGGUGGCUGUGUGGUGUUGUUUUUUCCAGCAUCUGUGCUUGUCUAUAUUUUCUUAACAUGUCUCUUCUUUUAAAUAAAAGUGCAUACAACCAUAA